CUGAAGCGCCCCAACCACCGUCGCCUGUUCUGCUGCUGGCCUUGUCCUUUGUCCGGGCAGUUCUUUGUCUCGCCUUUGCCUCUGUGCUGCAGCCCCCCAGCCGUGCGGCACUUGCGUCUGCAUCACCAUCGAAUCCGCCUCCAUUGUCGCGCUCUCUGUCGCCCGCUGCCGCUCGUCUCGUCGGUCGCGCUCCGCCGCUCACUCGUGCCUGCGGCAUGAUCACGCCCAAGCACGAUGGAAGCGGCGCGGAAGACGAUCGAGGUGCUCAGCCAGCGCAUCCUGCCCGAACGACCCCAUCACCUAGCAUUUCACCCCGAAUGGCGGUUUCGCCCCAGCCACGGUGACGGCAAUUCCUUUGAGGAAUGGCAUCAUCCCCGCCUGCAAUACCUGACGCUCUUGUCCGAAGCCGAUCGCGGCGUCCUCUUCACAAAGUCCGACUAUGACAUGCGUGAGGAGCCGGCCAAACCACUCCCACGCGAGGUCAACGCGCUGGCCAAGGGCGGCGAGAAGAAGAAGCUGUCGCUGAGCGACUACAAGAACAAGAAGACGGGGGCCACGUCGUCCACGUCGCCUCCAGAGCCAUCAAUCGCCAAGAAGAAGGAAAGCGAACGCGCUGGCGAGCUGUCAGCCAACACGGGGGCCACCUCGGACCCCAGAUCCGCAUCAGAAUCAAAAUUACCUCUUAAACCUCCUACCAAACACCCAUUACCGCCCCGACCGCCCUCUCCCAAUUCCAAGAAACGCGUGGCUGACCCGGAUGACGAGUCGCGACCCCAGAAGCGAUCCAAGCCGGACAGCACCAAGCACGUCGAUGACCGGGUACAGCACUCCCGCGAUGACGCGCAGAAACGCAAGGAUAAAACAUCCUCGGCAGCUUCCAGGGAUGCACCGUCGCACAAGGACGACAGGCUGUCUGCUUCCGGCGCCAACUCCUCCUCUCUCCCCAAUGGCAGAGCCCUUCUCAAGGGUGCCGUGGGCUCUAGUCGCAACAACACCUCACCUGCACAUCGUCCACGAGGCGAUUCCCUAAAUGGCGUCCGCCCUACCGGUUCGGGAAGCAACCGGGUCACGCCCAUCAAAGCCGAAGCAUCACGGUCAACUGUGCCGCCCCUGCUAUCCCCUCUCCACCUGACCUUUGAGGAUCGCGAAGCCGAAGACAGAUCGUUGGCGAAGCAAAACAAGAAGAAACCCCGUGACGACUCUCGCGAACGGACCAAGUCGCCUAACCGACAGCAUAGAAAGUCCGAGUCCAUAUCAGAGCUCAAGAGACAGAAGUCACCAGCAAGAAUCCCGCCGUUGCUCUCGCCAACUUUGCCGCCGAUAGUGGAAGCCGCCUUGCAACUUAGAAAGAAAGCAUCGAUGGAGCCGUUGGAAGGCAAGCCCCUCAAGAGCAAAGAUGAGAGAGAGAAGGAACCACCACUGCCGUCCAAGAAGAAGAAGCCGGUGGUUGAUUACUCUGACGACGAGGACGAGCCUCUUCAGCAAAAAUUACGGAAGGCGCUCAUUGUCAAGCUUAAAGUGCCCAAGAAACUGCGGCGAGACUUUAAACGCAUUCUAGCCCUGUCAUCAUCCACAGCAGCCCGCAAAGAGUUGCAAGCACAAAACCAAGAGCAUUCCACUGUGCCAGAAGACUCUAUCCAGCCUCCGCCCGCACGGAAACGGCCUGUUGCCCCUGACACGGCGGCAUCGUCAGAAAGCACUGCACAAAAGAAACCCAAGGUCCCUGAGAUUCCCAGCUCGUCUCGUUUGCCCGCUCCGACUACACCAUCCAAAAAGGGAGCCGCCACCAUGUCGCGCGCCAGCUCUAGCAACUCGUUGGCCCAAACUCCUGGGGACACCGUCAACGCUACUCCAUCCGCGUCGGCCUCAUCUGCCGCUAGGGUCAAUGGUCAAGAUGCAAGCCGUCCGGAAACCUCCGAAGCUAGAGCUAUGCGAGAGAGAGAGGCCCGAUUCUCUACUCUUGGACGCCGCCUUAAGCACGAGGCUGACACAGCAAUGAGAGGUGGUGCCGGCGGCUCGCGGGAGCCUGAUCUGAACAGAGGCUUCGUGAUUAGCGUGGAAAGUUUGCUGGCUUUUAUGGCCGGCUUCCAGGCGCAAAACAUCUAUCGUGGAUUGGUCAAUAAGAGGAGUGACCCGACUGGAUGGUCCAGCCUGUUCCCGCUGCUCGAAUUUAUCCAGGGCCAAAUGAGGAGGCAAGAGGCGCACACUCGUCGAUUCCUCCCCCUCUACGUCUUGGUUCUUAACCUUAAUGCUAUGGCCAUUAAUGAGCUUAUUCGAUGCCAUGUGGCGACGGAGAAUCCAGUUCUCCCACCUCCAGAUUGGGUGCGGCUUGAGCGAUCACGAUUCCGACUCCAGUCUCAGAUGAGCGAGGCUCUCAAUAACAUUGAGAAUCAUUCUCUGCGUCCCCAGGGCCAGCUUCACCAUACGCUUGACGAAAUGAUGGCGGAAACUCUUCGAGUGCUCAGACACUGGUGCCACUAUGAGGACGUCGACUGGACUCCUGACGCUAACCUCGAAGAGUCUGUUGCUCCCCGGGACCACUGA